CACAACCAAAUAACAGCUGUAAUUGUAGUAAACACAGUUUAAUUAAAGCUUAAAAAUAUUUGCACUUAAUUUAAUUAUAAAGCAUACAAGGUUAAUUAAAGCUUAUACCAUGUCGGAUGAUCUACCGGAGGAAUUCGAUUUGGUUGUGAUAGGCACAGGCUUCGCUGAAUCGUGCAUUGCAGCUGGCGCCAGUCGCAUUGGGAAAACGGUGCUGCACAUUGACACAAAUGAAUACUAUGGCGAUGUUUGGAGUUCAUUCAGUCUGGAUGCAUUUAACAAUCUGUUGGAUCAGUCCAAUUCGACACUACGCAAUGGAAGCUACACUUGGCAUGAGCCCGCAGAGGAAUCUCCUAGUUGGACACGUGAAAAGCUGUUGGAAAAGUCACGCCGAUUCAGCUUGGACUUGAGUCCGCGUGUUGCAUACUCUGCUGGCGAGCUGGUGAACUUGUUGAUCAAAUCAAAUAUCUGCCGCUAUGCGGAAUUCCGUGCCUUGGAUCAUGUGUGUAUGCUGUACAACAAUGAACUUGUCUCUGUGCCUUGCUCCCGCAGCGAUGUUUUUAAUACGAAAACACUGACAAUUGUGGAGAAGCGUCUGCUGAUGAAGUUCCUGACUGCGUGCAACGACUAUGGCGAGGAUAAGUGCAAUGAGGAUUCGCUUGCCUUUCGCGGACGCACAUUUUACGAAUAUCUGCAGGCGCAGCGCGUCACAGAUAAGAUUGCCACCUGCGUAAUGCAAGCGAUAGCCAUGUGCACGCCCAGCAGCAGCUUUGAGGAGGGCAUGCAGCGCACUCAACGAUUUCUGGGCAGCUUGGGCCGUUAUGGCAAUACCCCCUUUCUGUUUCCCAUGUACGGAUGUGGUGAAUUGCCGCAAUGCUUUUGUCGUCUCUGCGCCGUCUAUGGCGGAAUUUAUUGUUUAAAGCGAAGCGUGGAUGACAUCACUGUGGCGCCAGAUUUAAAUGAACUGCUGCUGAGCAGCUCAGGCAAAACACUGCGCGCCAAACAUGUUGUCUGUGCUCCUGGUCAUGUGCGCGGCCACGGUGAGUUGCGUGCACACAUCUCACGGGGAUUGUUCAUUGCCUCCAGUCCACUGGGCAGUGAGGAACUGAACAAGGGCGGUGGUGGCGUCAACUUGCUGCGUCUGCUGGCAGACGAUGGUCAACGGGAGGCCUUCCUCUUGCAAUUGUCCCAUUUCUCAGGCACCUGCCCCGAAGGUCUAUACAUAUUCCAUUUGACCACAGCUGCCAAAAGCGAAGAUCCUGCUGCUGAUUUGGCCGCUUUUACGGAGCAACUCUUCCAAACGAAUGCGCCACAAAUCCUCUACAGCGCCUACUUUAGCAUUGCGACUCCCACGAACACAAAUGCGACCACUGCCAUGCCCAUUUACUGGACAGCACCGCCUGCCUAUGAAUUGGAUUAUGAAGCAGCCAUUGCCAAUGCACGUGAAAUCUUUGGCAAGUUGUAUGAAGAUGCCGAGUUUCUGCCACGCGCUCCAGAUCCCGAGGAGAUUGUCGUUGAUGGCGAAGACCCCAGUGCACUGAACGAGCACAGUCUGCCAGAGGAUUUGCGGGCACAGUUGCAUGAUCUGGAGCAGGCGGCACAGCAAAUGGAAAUUGCUGAAUAGAUGCUAAUUAAAUUAAUUCAACUUUAAUUAUCAUCACUUUAUUGUAAUCAAAACAGA